AUGACGUCAAAAAAAAGUAAUUCAACUGUAUUUAACUUAGAAAAGACACUCAAACCUAUUGUGAUUCGGUUGCGAAGACGGGAAAAAUUGGAGGAAUGUCUACUACAGAAAAACAUCAAGGACCAUUUUACUAGUGGUUUAACACUGAAUACAAAAAAAGAAGGUAAGAUUUCUUCUUCAGAUGCUUUUUCUCCGCGAUCAAAGAAGGUUUCCGCGGCCGAAGAUACGCUUCGAAACGGAGACGUGGAUGGAGAAGGCGACACUAAAUCGUUCGAAUUUGAUGAGUGCUCAGGAGAUUUUGGAGUCGUGCUCGAAAACAAAGAUCCUAGCAGCCCAAGCUGUGCAAGAAGUGCCUUGGGAAAUAUUCGAAUCGCCGAUUUAUUGCCGGAAAAAAAAGCAAAACGGGAUGGAUUGUUGGAAGUUGGAGAUAGAGUAAUGGAAAUAAAUGGCCGCGAUUUAUCCAAAGCAAGCCUGGAGCGAGCAAGAUGGUACUUAGGGAGUGCCUUGAGGAGUGGAAAAUUAAAAAUAAAAGUUCUCCGUGGUCCUGGUGGGAGCAACAUCACACCUGUGAAGAAUGGUGUUAUUCCAAGACAUGAAAACACUUCUGAGAAAAAAAAAUCUGUAAUGAAGAAGAUACAUAUUUUAAAGGAUAGCCGUGGACUUGGAGUACAAAUAUCAAUGAAACUCAACCAUGAAACAGGAGAGAAGGGUGUGUUUGUGUCUGAUGUGAGCCCUGGUGGGGCUGCUGCAAGGGAUGGUCGCCUUAAGGAGGGUGAUGAGCUGUUAUGGAUCAAUGGCCACAGCUUGAUAGGCGUCACACAACAGGAGGCAGUUGACUUACUUAGAGCAUCACCAAGGCUUAUACAACUGGUCAUUUCAACACAGGUAAGCCAGUCUGUGUUGGAAAAGGUGACAGCAUCAAGGUUUAAAAAAAGGUCUUUGGAAAAAAAAGCAGGAAGAACUGGAACACAGAUUUCAAAAACCCUUCCUCGAGCGCAGUCUGCAGAGAGUUUGAUGAAGAAAGGUAGAAAAAUGUCCUCUGAUCAUAUUGAAAAGGAGAACAAAGCAGCUGAUAAAAAUUUUGGAAAAGGGACCACAAAGUCAUUUGAGAAUCUUUUACAACAAUCAAUGGAAAAUGAUCUUUUGCAAAGAGCUGAAGAAUUGAAUUCAGGAAAGAAUAUUAAUCAAAUUGAUGCAACAGACUCGCAAGAUAAGUCACAUCAUGAAGGAAAUUAUGUCAAAAAAAAUGGAAAUGAACAAAAGUUGACUAAUGGCAGAAGCUGCUCCUCCUCAUCUGAUGGUUCCAAUGAACUAGGAAAGUCAAACACAAAAGAUGUCUUACUUUCAAAAGGAGAAGAAAGUUUAGAAAGUGAACCUGUUACUUUGGAGGAUAAACCACUUUCCAAAGGGUCUUCCAAAAAAUCUUCACCAGGAAAGCUACCAUCCCCAUCCCCACCAAUUAUAGAUGCUUCAAAGAAGAGAAACUCACCAAACCUUUUCUUGAAUAAUUCACCCCCUAAAGAGAAACCUACAAAAAGUGAAAUGAGUCUAGAACCUGGUCAAAUCUCACCUUCCCUGCCAAGACCUCAGUCUCCAGGAGGUAUGGGAAUCGCUUUUUCUGCACGAUAUCUGGGGGAUCCCCCCGCCAACAUAAUGACUAAAGCUUUGCCAACACCCCAAAAUCUUGUGGGGAGUAAUGAACGGGACUCGCAAAAAAAAAAGAGAAAGGGAAGCAACGACAGCACACAAAGAAGAAUCAGUAAAGCAAUGGAAGAGGAAAUUGUUACCAUUGUUCUGGUAAAGGGAAUGAGUGGAAAAGGUCUCGGGUUUACUAUUGUUGGAGGAAAAGGCUCACCUCAGGGCGACAUGCCUGUAUACAUAGGGAAUAAAAAAAAUGGUGGAGCAGCAGAAGCAGAUGGAAGAAUGAGAAAAGGUGAUGAGGUAUUAUCAGUGAAUGGAACAUCUUUUGAAGGUUUCACUCAUCAGAAAGCCUUGGACACCUUUAAGAAUCUUCGCAGAGGAAUUGUAACUUUGAAAGUGCACAGAAACAGUCCUGGAGCUCCAAGUUUAUCAACAUUUACAACACCCAGAAAUUCACCAGGAAGUUUGCGUCGGAACAGCAGAGGUGUGACAGCGGACUCAACCAGCUCCAGCAAUUCGUCUUCUCCAAUAAUGUUUCGAAAGCUGCGUCCGAAAAAAAAAAAGAAAGAGAAAAUCAAUGAAAUAGUUCUUUAUAAAGAACCUGGGAGCAGCUUAGGAAUUGGUCUAGGAGAGCAACAUCCAUCAAAUCAGCUACCUGGAAUCUUUGUUCAGUGUGUUAUUCAAGGAACACCAGCAGACAAUGAUGGGAGAUUAAGAAAAGGUGAUCAACUCCUUGAAAUUAAUGACAAGAAACUGGAAGGACUGUCAGUUGAAAACAUCUACAACAUUCUAGAUAAAACUCCUCCAGGAAAAGUAUAUAUUAAAGUUGAAAAAAACAAUGCAUCUGACAAGUUACCCCUACAACUUAAUGAUGAACUCACUAAGCUUCAAAGUGAGCGUCAAUUACUGGAUAAAAAGAUGUCAGGGAAAUCAAAGAAUUCGGGAACUGCAUCAACACUCUCUGGUGCAUCAGAAAGCUCUGAGUCUUGUGACAAUUUGACAAGUCUUUCUUCUUCUUGUGAUCUCCUCAUUCCACUCUCCAAAAAAAAAAAAAAGAAAAAGAAGGUAAAUAUGAUGAUCAGUUGUCCCUAA